GAGAGAGAGCUCACAACUUAAAUAUCUGAGCAUUUGAAAAGGAGAGAAGAAACAGCUCAGCUUCUUUCACACAGUCUGCACAUAGCAUGAGCUCUGGUGUGUAACUGUGAUGAUGAUUCAGCUUCAGUCAUGACUCUCACUGACACCGUGUCUGUGCACGCGCUGAUCUGGGGAAAUGUGAUUUAUUCACGGACUUUUCACCGCAUCAUCUCAGUUCACUGCUCUAACCGCAGGAUGCACAUGUUGCUUUUUGCUGUGUCCGUGCUUUUCGCGCAUGCCCUCGCAGGACCCGAGCCGCGCGUGCCUUGUUCAUCCAAAUGCGACAUGACGAAGUGCCCGGCGCUGCGUGCUGCAUGCCAGGGCCGGCGCGUGCUGGACCGGUGCGGCUGCUGCUCGGUGUGUGCUGUAGGGGAGCAGGGAGCAACCUGCGGGCGCAAGCGCGAUCUUCCCUGCGCCGCUGGGCUGGAGUGUGUGCGCUCCGGAGGAAAGAGAUCCUCUAAAGGGGUUUGCCGGUGUAAGAGCGGUCUCCCGGUGUGCGGCAGCGAUGGUAAGACUUAUGAAAACCCGUGCAGGCUGGAGGCGGCCAGUCGCAGAGCGCGGCAGCGUGGGAACGCUCCGGUUACGCACGUGCACAAAGAUCGGUGCGCAUCUGCAGCUCCAGGUCCCACACAUCACAACAGUCCCAGAUACAAGUUUAACUUCAUCGCUGAUGUUGUGGAAAAAAUCGCCCCUGCUGUGGUCCAUAUCGAGCUCUUCCUUAGCCAUCCGCUGUUUGGCCACCAUGUGCCGUUGUCCAGUGGUUCAGGGUUCAUCGUGACAGAAUCGGGUGUGAUCGUGACCAACGCUCAUGUGGUGAGCAGCAGCGCCACUACAGCAGGCCGACAGCAACUUCGGGUGCAGCUUCACGAUGGCAAAACAUAUGAGGCCUCUAUAACAGACAUAGACAAGAAAUCUGACAUCGCCACCAUCAAAGUCAACUCGCGGAAAAAGCUUCCAGUUCUUCCUCUGGGCCACUCAGCUGACCUGCGCCCAGGAGAGUUCGUGGUGGCCAUCGGCAGCCCGUUCGCUCUGCAGAACACUGUGACUACAGGCAUCGUGAGCACGGCACAGAGAGACGGCAAGGAGCUCGGCAUCCGGGACUCGGACAUGGACUACAUUCAGACUGACGCCAUCAUCAAUUAUGGAAACUCAGGUGGCCCUCUCGUUAACCUUGAUGGCGAGGUUAUUGGGAUAAACACACUGAAGGUGACAGCUGGGAUCUCCUUCGCCAUUCCAUCAGACCGCAUUAAUAAAUUUCUAGACGAAUCUUAUGACAAGCAAUACAAAGAUAAACACAGACUAGUUAAAUUGCAGUACACGCCAUCUCAGCCUGUGGUGUCUGACUCAGUGACCUUGAUUUCAGAUGUAAAUGGCACAAAGAAAAGAUUUCUUGGAAUAAGAAUGAUCACCCUCACAAAGGACCUGGUUGAAGAGAUGAAACAACAUAAUCCAAAUUUCCCAGAUAUCAGCAGUGGAAUUCUCCUUCAUGAGGUCAUUCCAGAUUCCCCUGCGCAAAAGGGUGGACUUGAAGCAGGUGAUGUGAUUGUGAAACUAAAUGGCCGUCCGUUGGUCAGCACUGAUGAUAUACAGUCGGCGCUUCAUGGAGACAUGGCCCUUCUUUUGGAAGUUCAUCGUGGCAACAAUAGUUUACUGUUCAACAUUGAACCACGUGUCCUCGUGCAAUAAAAAUAAAAGUUUGCUGGAAAACUGGCAUGGAUUUAGAUGACAUUAGGUUUUAAUGGAAUUUGAAGUGCAAUUAUUUUGUUUAUUUUUAUUUUGUAAGGAUGAGAAGAUGGAGACUACAUAUGAACAACUGAACACUCAACACAAUAUUACAGUUAAGUGCAGUUAAGAUAUGUGAUGUAUAAAUGACCAGACAACAUCGGUACAUUGUAAAUGAUGACUAGGAUUCUACAAGUGUCUCUGAAUUCAACUGAAAACUCAGAUGUGACAUUAUUUUAGAUUCACAUUUUGACAUACAGUCACUGGAGCCAAAUGUCCUAGUUCCCUCACUGUAUUCACUACAAACUACCUGAAAAUGUUCUUUGACAUAACUCGAAAUACACUAAAUAUUUUUAACUGACUGGCUGAGAUAUGUUCUUGGCUACAUCCAGUAGUGUUUAUC